AUGAAUGUUCCUAGGAGAGGCCAAGAUGGCCUACACAACGCAGAUCGCAGGGCGAGGGAGCUAUACCGCUACUACCAGCCUGCUUCCCAAUCCGAGGUGGUUCCAUCUUGGCUUCCAGCGAACGACGGAUUCCCCUUCUCUGCAAUUUCAGGAAAUAUAAUCACCCCACCGAUCUCCGAAGGCUCAAUGCCUUCACACGGUGGUGCACCUUUCCGACCAGCGACCGCAAUUGGCUCCGAAGCUCUCGUUCUCGGUACCUCAAACAGUACCAUGACGUCAUUUGCCCAGCUAGCGGCGUUGCGCUUGAAUGUCGAGCGGGUGUUUAUCUCUGUAUUGGACCGUGAUCAACAACACAUCAUUGCCGAGGCUACAAAAUCUCUUAAUUUGAACGAUCCGUCCAUCUACGAUGACAAUGACAAUGUCUGGUUGGGGGCACCCGACACCCGCAAGACAUGGAGUGUGUGCAAGGACACUGUUUCACUACCCCCCAACGACCGCGAAAAUGCGGACUAUAAAUUUCUAGUCGUGAACGACAUGACCGAAAACGAGCGCUACAAACAUCUUUCCUUCGUUGAAAAGGAACCCAACUUCCGCUUUUUCGCUGGGACUCCGUUAACAACCGAGAAGAAUAUCAAUUUGGGUUGUUUUUUCGUGUUGGACACAAAGCCCCGAGAUGGAUUGACACCGCUGGAGAAGGAUACACUGGGAUCCAUAGCGAUGCUUGUGAUGGACUACUUGAGAGUUUGCAGACAGGCUUCCGAAGGACGCCGGGCCGCGCGCCUUUCCCGCGGGCUCAGCUGUUUCGUUGAAGGGAGCUCUAGUUUUGUGGAUAAUAUCGAUCCAUCGCGCACCGACAGUGUCGGCCCUCUAUCAGCAACUCCGUCAUCUCCCUACAAUCCACUGAGUGCCUCAGGUCGCUCUCAUGGAAACGGCUCGGACAACGCAUCGGAAGCGCCAUCCAAUAGUCCACCAAAUGACCGGUCACUCAGUAACGACGCGCGUUCUUUUAGCUCUGUCCCAUCCGAUCUGAAAAUGGAUUACGAUUCGAAAUUGGACAGUGGUUCAAAAGUUGAAUCGGGCACGGUAGAGAGCUCUCUGCCAGAAUGGCUGACAAGCAGCAGCCGAAAUCGACUGCCACCCGAUGAUUCACAAGGCAACUCUUGGUGCUUCCGCAGGGCAGCCAACUUACUUCGCGAGAGUCUUGACCUGAGUGGCGACAGUGGAGUCAUUUUCCUGCAAGCUAACAAUAGCCCUUUGGUGGAUGCGGAUAUGGGGAGUGAUUGUUCCGAGACAGGCGGUCCUGCCUCUGUUCUGUCGGCGUCAACAAAUGAAGAACCGUUUGCUCCUCAGGCAGGCUCGAUGGCCACAUGCGCUGCGGCCAACUUGGACCGAUCCUUCCUGCACUUGUUGCUUCGACGCUAUCCCAAAGGAAAGCUAUGGUCUUUCCAGCGCGAUGGGCUCAUCUCGACAUCAGAUGAUGAUGACAAAGAACCCCAAGACAAAGCCCCUCUUGGCACCAGUGCCACCAGUCGAUCCCCACCUAGUCCUGCACAACCUUCAAAGCCCACACGAAAACGGCGGAAAGCUGCGGAGAACUCAGUACUCAACCAGUAUUUUCCUCGUGCGGCGCAAAUUAUCUUUGUGCCUUUGUGGGAUGCUGUUUCUUCACAAUGGUUCGGAGGGUGUUUCUGCUGGAGCACAAUUGAGACCCAGGUGUUUAGCACCUCAGUCGAGCUCAGUUCAGUGCUUGGGUUUGCAUCGUCCAUUAUGACCGAAUAUAGUCGCGUUGAAUCCCUCAUCGCGGAUCGCCAGAAAGGUGAUUUCAUUGGGAGUAUCUCACAUGAACUCCGUAGCCCUCUUCAUGGCAUCUUGGCCGCUGCUGAGUUUUUGAAGAGCACUCAUCUCAACGAAUUCCAGGACUCAUUGCUUGAGACUGUCAAUUCCUGUGGCCGGACGUUACUGGAUACAAUGAACCAGGUACUUGACUUCAGCAAAGUGGUAUCUUUAGAACGGACAUGGCGGUCAAUGAAACGCAAGAAAGAGUCACCCCUCGAUUUCAAAGGAUCAGACAAGCUGCCGCAUCAUCUGGAUACGCUCGUGGCUACGGAUGUGGCCAUUCUGGCCGAGGAAGUCGUUGAAGGCAUCUGUCUUGGCAAUGUGUACGGCCAGAGCUCCACGGCUUUAGCUGACCUGCCUGUAUUGAUGCCACACCAAACAAAGCCGCAGAAUCAGCGGUCCAACGUCGAAGUUGUUAUCGACGUUUCAUUCCGGGAUUGGGUCUACCGGACUCAGCCAGGCGCUUUGCGGCGCAUCAUUAUGAAUAUUUUUGGAAAUGCCAUGAAAUACACAGAGUCUGGCCGUGUCACUUUAUCCUUGGCAGCAUAUAGCCAGUCUGAAGGACGAUCUCGGAGGCAAGGCCUCGAAGACUUGGUCACGCUGACAGUAACCGACACAGGGAAAGGUAUAUCGGAAGAGUUUUUGCGCGGCAAGCUUUACACGCCCUUUGCUCAGGAAGAUGCCCUGGCUGUCGGUACUGGAUUGGGGUUGUCAAUUGUUCGCAGUUUGGUCAAGGCUCUGAAUGGAAGCAUUCGAAUUCGCAGCCGCCCUGGGGAGGGUACGGUCGUAUAUGUAUCCCUCCCCCUAGAGCGGCCUGUUGGCAAGGAAAGCCCAGCAGUGGAACCGUCUGGACAGCUUAUGCAACAGAGAGAGACCUUGACCCAAACUCUUCUACUACGCGAGGGAUACCCUGGUAGGCGGGCCUCCAUCUGGGGCGUCGACCCAACCAACCUGACCGCCGACUCUAACUGGUCUGAAAUUGCUCGAUACCUUUCAGAGUGGUAUGAUAUAGAGAUCGUCUCAUGGGCACCGGAAGCCCAUAUUGAUCUUGUGCUUAUGGAUGAAGACGACUUACCAAACUUAUGCACCAUCGCACCCUCCGCCACUUUGCCUGCUCUUCUCGUCCUAUGCCACAAGUCGGUGGAUUACACCGGGGCAAAAUCGGAGUGGUUGCCUCUAGCUUCCUCCGUGGACAUCAUCCGUCGCCCCUGUGGGCCACACAAAUUAGCUCGAAGUGUAAUGAGGUGUCUGACCCACGGCCAAUCGAUAUCGCCGGCUUCCGCUUUGCAACCACUGAAUCUGGCGCUCAUGACAUCCUCGUUGCCAUCUGAACUCGCCUCGCCCCCCAUAUCCCCUACCGAUGCUAUUAGCACACCCGAGCCGGACGGUCCCGGAAUCCGCCCCAUGACGAUAUCACCACUGCAGCAACCGUCACCAACGACGACAUUGCCGGAGUACAAAAUCGCAGAAGCACCUUUACCGGCACCACUGGUAGAGGGUGCAAAUCGCUCUCGGCGACUGGCACGAGUGCUUGUGGUUGAUGACAAUCACAUAAAUCUCAACCUCAUGAUGACGUUCCUCAAAAGGCGCCAGCUAACUGAGCUGGACUCAGCUGAGAAUGGCAAAUUGGCAGUUGAAGCGGCCGAGCGUAUGCAGAGUGGUUAUGAUAUCAUCUUCAUGGAUAUGUCGAUGCCUGUCAUGAAUGGUUUCGAGGCUACCCGUGCUAUUCGGUCGCUGGAGAGGGAUACAGAUGGCCGUAAGCCGGCUAUCGUCAUUGCCUUGACUGGACUCAGCAGCUCUCGAGAUGAGUCGGAUGCUAUGGCUUCCGGUGUGGAUCUAUUCCUCACCAAACCAGUCUCUUUCAGAGAAGUAGCACGUCUACUAGAUGAGUGGGAAAGGGAUGAGAUGGUAACAGAACGGAAGCUGGCAUGUUGA